AUGUAUAAGAAAUUUGACUUUAGACCUGAAGUAUUGCAAACUAAUGGUAACAAAGUACCAAAUAGAGGAGUUCCACGACAAUAUUCCAAUCGUGGUCUACAAUAUCGGAUAGAACGUAGAUUUGGGCGUAGUAUAAGGAACCGCAGCUCAAAGGUAUGGCCAAAAUUUGGGAAAUUUGAUUUAGAAUCACUUGAAAAUACUAAUUAUUGGAUUAGUGAAGGGGAAUAUAUAUAUAAAUUUCAAGUCGUUAGGGGGUUUUGUCCAUGCGAACACUAUGACCUUGAGAGUUUAUAUUCUGCAUUACAAAGACACAACUACUUUUGUUGGUAUGCGGAUAAAGAAAAACAAAUACUAGUUUUUAACUUGACUCCCUACUUAGAUAAAUUAGAAAUAACAUGGAAACUACAAGGACGAAGUGGUCGUGUGCUAUUUCCAGCAGGUAUAUAUGAGUCUUCCCAAUGCGGAUAUAAUGAGAUCACAACAGGAGAUACCAAACCAAAUAGGAUAUUCUGUGGUGUAAAUGAACUAGUAAAUACUUUAAAUAAAUGUACUACAUUUGGAACUAUUAGUGACAUUCCCAUUAUUUCUUCAAAUAUUAAAUAUAAGCAAAGCGAAGUGAGAGAUACAGUAUUUCAUGACUCACAUCUACCUAGAUACAAAGAUCCGUAUAACCUACACAAAAACUCAUUUUCAAUUGGGAUUGACGAAUUAUGUGAUGAUAUAGAUCAAUCGAAGCAAAUGGAAAGUAGGAAUAUUAAUACUUCCUGCAGUAGGAACUUUUCUGAAAAAGAAAGUGACUACAGUGAACAUGAAGAGAAUUUAUAUCCUGACCAAGAUUAUUGGAAGAGUUUAGAAAAUCCUAUUUUUGUAUUUGCAAAUGGUGUUGUGAUUACUUGGUCAAAUGAGCAAUCAAUAUUCAGCGGUGGUAUGCAUCUUCCAAUUCCUCCCAAUACUGACGAACGACUUGACGACAUAUUAGCCUUCUUAUUGAUAUAUGCACAAGGUAUAUUUACUAAAAACUCAGUUAAGAAAUACCAAAGCACAUCUAUGCUAUAUAUUUGUAAUUAUCCAAACAGAAACCCUACUCAUCCACCUAGCAGCUGUGUAAUUUCAGAUAUUAUUAAGCUUAAGACACGAAGUGCAUAUGAAAAAUUAGCAGUUUCACUAGCAAUAGCUCAAAGUAUCAGACUUUCAAUUUUUGAAAAUUGCAUUGAUGAUUGUGUAGUUAAUAUUAGACAUCUACCACUCAAACUUGCCCAAGUUGGAGCAUCUACUAUUAUCGAGGAAGAACUGAAGGUAGAAGCUCCUACAAUUAGGAAGAGAUUUUCAGAACUGUAUUCAUAUCAAAUUGCUGUAAAUCUAGUAGAAGACUUUCUUGAUAUUCCUGACAUAUUUUGGCAUAAUUGUCGUUUUCACAAUGUCUGGAAAUACUUGCAUGAUUAUCUUGAAAUUCCUGCAAGACUAGAAGUUUUAAACCGCCGAAUUGUGUGUAUGCAGGAACUACUACGAGUUAUUACUGAAGAACGUCAAACAGCACAAGCAAAUCGUAUUACAUGGAUAGUAAUAACUCUUUUAGCUUUACACUGUAUUGCAUUUGCAUUACGCCACCUAUUUUUGCAUCGUGAUUAA